UUUAUUGGUCCGAAAAUGGGUUGGAACGAGAGAGAGAGAGAUGGAAACGACGAGCUUAGGAGGAGGAGGAGGAGGAAGAGGAAUUCCGGGGGAGGAUCCAAAGAUAGUGUGGAACGAGGCCCAGCGGAGGUUCGAGACGGAGGAUAAGAAGGCGUAUUUAGAGUACGUGGUGAGAGAGAGAGAGAGGGAGGAGGAUGGUAAAGGUAAAGUAGUGAUGGAGUUGCUCCACACCUUCGUCCCUCCUUCCAAGAGAGGCUUGGGUCUGGCUUCUCACCUCUGUGUUGCUGCCUUCAAUCACGCCAAAUCCCGCUCCCUUGCCAUCAUCCCCACUUGCACUUACAUCUCCGUCAGUAUCUCUUCUCUUCUCUUCUCCACUGACACUUUUCUUCCAAGGAACCCUUCUUGGAAUUCUCUCGUGUAUUUGGAAGAUAUCAAAGCAAUUAUCAGGAACAGUAGUAUGUGAAGAAACAAUCCAAUUUCAACUCCAACUUGUCAAUGGGUAAUAAAAUAAUAUCUGGCUUUCUUUCCAAGCCUUAUCAUCAUCAUUAAGUGAUUGUGUAUUAUAUUUGUAUUUCAGUUACAAUUCUAUCUAAUAUCGUCUUCUCAAUCACUUAUUGUAAUUCAGCCUGUGCCCUUUUCUUCACUCAA